CUGCCUGCUACCCUUCUCUGCAUGCGCACACCCGGAAGUGAUCUGUCAGGAGAGAGAGAGAUCCGAACUACUGGCGUCGUGUGACGUCAGCGCGCCCGGCCUGUGCUGCUGCUGCUUUUGUAGUACUGCUCCGGGGAGAGUGAGGAGGAGACCUCCAGGCAACAGAGGCAUCCUGCGGCCGGGGAAGGUGGGCAAAUGCUCCUGCAGUCAAGCUCCGAAAUUAUUGUAUUUCCGGAGCUUAAUGAAUGAGGUCCCCAUACUAGCAUAUGGGGACGCCAGGCCAGAUCGGGAGUGAAAGGAAGAUGAGCUUGAAGUCCGAACGACGAGCCAUCCACGUGGACCAGUCCGAGCUACUGUGUAAAAAAGGCUGUGGCUACUAUGGUAACCCGGCAUGGCAAGGAUUCUGUUCAAAAUGUUGGAGGGAGGAAUAUCAGAAGGCCCGCCAGAAACAAAUCCAAGAGGACUGGGAGCUUGCAGAACGCUUGCAGCGGGAAGAAGAGGAGGCUUAUGCCAGCAGCCAGGGUGCCCAGGGAGGUCAGACAUCUCUUGGCUUCACCAAGUUUGAAGAAAAGAAGUCUAAUGAAAAGACAAGGAAAGUGACCACAGUGAAGAAGUUCUUUACUGCCUCAUCCAAAAGUGUGCAAAAGAAAGACAGUGAAGAGAAGUCUGAUAAACCGGUGCAGGCAGGAGGGAGGGAUCGCAGUGCUGAUAUUCUCAAGGACCUGAAGGGUCUUUUUGUCCCUCCCUGGGAGCUGGCCUCCCCUGCGGAAGAUAUGAAAGAGGGUAAGACUCCAAGUCCUUCUCUCAGCCGUCAGUACAGCAUCGAGACUGAUCGUGUGUCCAAGGAUUUUAUCGAGUUUUUAAAGACCUACCAUAAAGCUGGACAUGACGUUUACAAGCAGUGCAAAGUGUUCCUGGAAGCCAUGCACCACAAGAAGGAAUCAAACAUUGAUGAGGUGUCAGAGUUCACUCAGGACUUUUACCAGAACACAGCAGACAAACUGCAAAUGUAUUGGAAAGUGCCCCCUAAUAAAGUGGAGGAUGCAAUGGACCAAAUUGAGAAGUUCAUCAUGACACGCCUGUACAAGCAUGUGUUCUGUCCAGAGACUACAGAUGAUGAGAAGAAAGACCUGACUGUGCAGAAGAGAAUCAGGGCCUUACACUGGGUUACCCUUCAGAUGCUCUGCGUUCCUGUAAAUGAGGAUAUUCCUGAAGUAUCGGAUAUGGUAGUAAAAGCUAUAACAGAUAUCAUAGAAAUGGACUCGAAGAGGAUUCCUCGGGAUAAGCUUGCUUGCAUCACUGGCUGCAGUAAGCAAAUAUUUAAUGCAAUAAGGAUUACAAAAAACGAACCUGCUUCUGCUGACGAUUUCCUGCCCACUCUGAUCUAUAUUGUGCUUAAGGCAAACCCACCACGCCUGCAAUCCAACAUCCAGUACAUCACUAGAUUCUGUAAUCCCAGCCGGCUGAUGACUGGGGAGGAUGGAUACUAUUUUACUAACCUGUGUUGUGCUAUAGCUUUCAUUGAGAAACUGGAUGCUCAGUCUUUGAACCUCAGUGAGGAAGAGUUCAACCGGUACAUGUCUGGCCAAGCUUCUCCAAAAAGACAAGAUCCCGACAUCUGGGACGCAGACACAUGCCCAGGAGUCAAACAGUUGCACAGGAACCUGGAUUUACUAUCCCAGCUGUCUGAGAGACAGGAUCGCAUUGUUGCGGGAGCAAAGAAGUUAGAAAAGGACCUGAUUGACUGGACCGAUGAAGUAACCCGUGAAGUCCAGGACAUUGUAGAAAAGUACCCACUGCACAUAAAAUCCACCAGUCAGGCUUUGGCUUCCAUCGAUUCUGAAAAUGUAGAGGAUGAGCUUCUCCCGCCUCCCCUUCAGCCACAAGUCUAUGCAGGAUAACCAGCACUGAACUCCACUGUUUCUCAGUCCUGUACAGCAAAAGGUCAUCACUUUGGGGACAGAUCUACAUCAAGUUAUUGUAAAUCUAAAAAGGUCAAAGAAUUUGUUUGCAGCUUGGAUUAUUUUUUCUUGAUGGUUUUUUUUUUUGUUUAACACCACAAACUUUAUUCAGACCGCAGGGUUCAGCUCCCUAGUCUAUUUAUUAAUGAGACGGACAAUGCAAUUUUUUACUUUACAGUUUUCUCAAGGAAAGGAACUACCAACCACUAAUAGUUUCAGAUUAGCAAUUAUAUAGUUGUUUUUUCUUCUUGUAUAUGGAGCGUUAGCAUCUGGCUGCUUUUAUGUAGUAAUGAUUUUUUAUUUUAUCACCUUGCUUUUUGUGUUUUGCGAGAAGCCCCUUUGGCACUAAUAUCUGUCCAUUUGUUAACAGCGACUCUCACUUUGAGGUUAUUUUUUUGCCUCGUGCAAUAUGUAGUAAGCCAAAGGAAAAGGCUACCACCAAAUUUCCUGUUUUAUAAUAGAGCCAUGAUCUCUCCCUGGGAGCUUUCCUCCUGUCCGCACAGCAGUUGAGUUGUGUGAUGUAGAGGUGCGGUAUCUCAGGAGCCAGGGCAGCUAGAAUUGGUAGCCAAAUCAGGCUUGCAGAAUAGAGUGCUCAUUCCCAAACCAGCUUCCUCUCUACAUCACGGCUCCAUAUAUCUGCUGAGUAGAGAAAGCCUGCCCAGCAUAAAGCAUAACACACUAUGUAGCAAAUCAAGAAAAUAAUAUAAAAGGACCGGUUGUACGUGUUGCCCUGAGGAACAGAUCACCUACUUGAGUCACCGGACUUAUUUAGAAAGUAUUUAAUAAUGGAGAUUGUCAGUGCCGGAAGAAGACGCUUUAUUGUUAUGAGGAUCAGUUCAGUAAAAAAAUGCUUGUUAUUAACUCACUCUGAUAUAGAUAAAUACCACCAUGUUGUAAUUCACCACUAACAGGUGAAAGUGAGAACUAAACCUUGUAAAGUUGGGGGCGAUUCCAAUAUAGCUUCUCUCUUGUAUUAAACCAAAUAUUCUUAACGCAGCAGAAGCCAUUCUGUGUAGCUGCAUUGCCUAUAUGUAUUAGACCACACAAGUCAUUUCUGUGUGUCACAGUGCAGCAUUAUUACAGCUACGCAAUUGCCUGAAAUAUGUUAAACUUGGGUUUAUUCUAAUUUGAUUUGGCAGUAUAUUUUUUUCCAUUUGUUACUGUCCCAGCCAUGUUUGGUCAAGUCUCUGGGUAACGCUGAUUGCUAUUCGUAUACAUUUUGCAAAACAAUUUAAGUAAACUGAUAAAAAAAAAUAUGGCAUCUCCAGUACUUAGAAGGUACUGUGCCCUAAAUCACUUACAAUUACCUAUUGUCUCUGCAAUGACCUUUCAAUUGUGGAUACCUAAUACAAUUAUUUUACUCUUUCUCUUUAUACUUCUACUUUUAACAAUGGUUGAUGUAAUGACUCCAAACCAGUUUGACAGGUCAUUUGCAAUAUUGACUUGGCGUUCUGAAAGCCAGGUUAUUUUCUAUUUUACGGGUUUACUGAAGAGCCAGGUUAUGAAGAAGUGCAGGUACAGUUGCAUCAGCCUCAAGCAAGCGCUGUACCUUUUCCAUCAUUACUUCCAAGUACACAGUGACCUAGUAAAGUGUUGCUGCACAGAACAACUGACUGAGUCAACACAUCGGUCUCAUUGAUCAUAGGUACAACCUGCUCAUGCAGUGUAUUGGAAUAAAGCAUGUCCGUUUUUUCUACAGAAAUCCUCCUAAAAACAUGUCUCUGUAAAGCAGCACUUUUUUAUGAGUGAAAAUCUGCUUCAAACUCUUUACCCUUCACUACAAUACCUAUAAAGAAAAAUCACAAAAAGCUUGACACAUACACACACACACACUUGUUUGGAAAGCUUUAGGAAACCUCAACAACGGAGGUAGGGUAGAAAGACACCUGUAGCUGUUACGGUACUAGUAGUCCCAGCCUGCACUUCAGAAGUAUCUGUCUUUAUCUUUGCUUUUAAGAUCGUUGUUGUUGGAAUUGUCACAUCACAGUAAUUGUUGCAUUUACAGCAGUAUUUCCAGCAUUUAAAAGUAAUUUCAGUGGCACACUUGAGAUAUAGGUUUGUAUCAUGCUGACAUGGAGGAGCUAUACAUAGAGUAAUGAAUGUGUGUGAUGACUUAGCAGUGUAAUUCUAGUAAAUGUUAAAUAGUUUCUGCUGCUUAACUACAUUAACUGGCGUUUUAUGUUUGGCGGUUCUCUGAUGUGAAACCGUAUCAUAAACAUUUUAGUUCUAUAUAACAAAGUAGUAGCUACCUGCAAAGCCCAACCAUCAGCUUACAGACUGGACGUCUGAUACUGUUAGAAAAACCCCACAUCCUUCAUGUUCCAAGCCUUAUUUGAAAUAACUUCUGUCCCUACUAGUAACUCAAGCAGGGUACACACUAUAUGAUAUAUCUGGUCACUAUAUGAUAUAUCGGGUGAUGUUGCGACCAUUGUAUAAUGUGUACCCUCAAAUCCACCCAAUUAAUUGAUGAAUUACAUCGUCCCAUUGGAUGUUCUGCAUGUUCAAUGGGACUAUUCCAUAGCCAACGCAGUGUUGCAACAUGCAGUGAGUAACGAUACACCACACCGUCGUACACUGGAUCAUGCAGAGUGAAUGGUGAUGCAAGAUCACACCGCCAGGUCACACUGUCAUCAGGUGUGUACCCAGCUUUAAACAUAUAACAAGUAUUUUAAAGGUUGUAGGUUUAUCGGUCUACUAUAUGGGGUGGGGUGAGGACUUACAAUCACAUAAUGCAAUAGUAAAUAUAUUGUGUAGCGUUGACUACUUAUUUUUAUGUAUGUUUGACAGUAAGUCACCAGGCCUUGUUUUAUAAUAUAUGCGCAGAGGUAAGUUCUGCUGCUCCAGUGAUCCCAGUAUUACGGCAGGGAGAGGGGAAGUGCAGCAGCUGCAGUGUGAGGGUAGGCAUACAUGAGUCCCGGCAUUAUCCUAUGUGUGCUCCAGUGCAGUUCCCUUACUGCACAUAGGUGGUCAUUCCGAGUUAUUCGCUCGUUGCCGAUUUUCGUUAUGCUGAGAUUUGCUGCUAAAUGCGCAUGCACAUGGUACGCAGCGCUCAUGCGCUAAAUUAUUUAACACAAAACUUAGUAGAUUUGCUGGUGUUCGUACGACACUUUUCAGUCGCACUGCUGAUCGGUGAAUGAUUGACAGGAAAGGGGCGUUUCUGGGUGGUAACUUAGCGUUUUCCGGGAGUGUGCUAAAAAAGCAGGCGUGUCAGGCAUAAACGCGGGAGUGUCUGGAGAAACGGGGGAGUGGCUGGCCGAACGCAGGGCGUGUUUGUGACGUCAAACUAGGAACUAAACGGACUGAGCUGAUCGCAAUCUAGGAGUAGGUAUUUAGUAGCAAUUCUGCUAAUCUUUCGUUCGCUAUUCUGCUAAGCUAAGAUACACUCCCAGAGGGCGGCGGCCUAGCGUGUGCAAUGCUGCUAAAAGCAGCUAGCGAGCGAACAACUCGUAAUGAGGGCCAUAGACAUGGAGAACUGCUGGGAACUGUCCUCAAUAGGUACUACAGUCUUUAGCACUGCUGUUUCUUUACUGAACAUCUAACCCGUGUGUUACAUUGUUUACCAUGUGGUAGAGACUAGAUGUGAAUGCUAUGAGACUUCAGUUGUACUAUAUGUACAAAUGUAAAUAUGUGAGACAUGUAGGAUGUAAAUAAGCUGUCUAGGCUGUAUUCCUUUCUGUGUAUUUGCGGAGCAAUAUAACACAUACACGAGAAGUGAAGUCGGCAUGUUGGUAAUAAAUAUAAAGUCUUUAACAAUAUGGAUUUGCCAAUUUGUAGCAUCUUUAUUUUCUAACUUCUAAUAUGAAUAUACAUACUACCUAACCUUGUCCCUCUCCCCAAGCACUGCUAACAGAUUAUGUUAUGUCCAUGUCCGUAAAUGGUUUUCUUUUCUACCACUGUAAUCUCUGCAGUUUGCUCAGUAAACCAUAUUCCAGGUACUUGGUGGAGACACCUGCUGGUUAUCCUCCAAAAUGAUUCUGUUCGGAUGAUCCGAAACUCAGUGAGAUUCAGACACCUCCUGAAUGUACUAUUCUUACAUGAAGUGGCUGGCUGCCAUUUAUAACCAUGUAUUGGAUCUGUCCAACACUCUUUACGUAUGUGAUGUAGAUAUAUUUUCCAGGAGAACUGUUUAUGAUUAAUAUUAUAAAGACACUAGUAAAGGGUAAAUUGUGAAUCAGAAUGAUUAUAAAAAAAUGCUUGUAAGUUGUAAAUAAUUUUCCUUGCUACAAUAAACAGUUGAAAUGUU